ACCGUUGCUAUUGGAUACAGCAGCAGCUUUGCGUGCUAACGAUGCUAACAAACGCUAACCUCUCCGAGGAAAAAGAAGGAAAGCCAUAGUUUUGUAGCCAGACGUUUAGAUAGACCAACCGUGACGUCAUCACCGUGUCAAACUUUGGGUUCUGCUGGAUCAUCAGGGAUUUGAAUAUGACUGAGUUGGAACUGGACCUCAACUGGUCUAAUCUAGUUUAUGGAAUGCUGACACCAACAUGUCAGACUGUGAACCACCUACUGUAGUGGAGCCGACGACUGCAGAGGAACCCGGUCCUCCAGAUGCUGGACCACCUUGUCGUCCUCCCCUGGCAGAGAAGGCCCUGUCUGAGUCUUUUGGUCGACUGCGGUACCAGGACACGUCCCUGAUGAUCUGGCAGCAGCAGCAGCAAGAUCUGCAGACAGGACCCCCUUCCACCUACCUGACCCGCAGCCAGUCAGCGUGGUACAGUAGAUACGGGAAUCCGGCUGUGCUGGUCCGGGACAAGACGGGGCUGAAGGACACUGAGGGACAGUCCAGGAUCUGCAGCGUCAUGUAAACUACAAUUGGAACUCUGGAUUUUUUGUGUAUUUUAAAUGUAUUUAUAGUGUCAGUAUUUUAGUUUUGUAACUUCACAGGAGUUUUCCAGAACUUUUGUUGUGUCAUGCCGGGACGUUUACACUUCAGGUCUAAGACUUUUUCAUCAUUGACCAAUGUUUUAGUUUUCUCAACAGAUGCCAUUAGAUACAUACUUUGAACUAUUGGUGUCAGCAGCCACACAUUCAAGUCCCUACUGAUGAUUUUUAAUCUAAGCUCUUUUCUCCAUUCAGUACAUGUUGAAUAACUGCUGUGUACCAAAUGACUCCUACAAAAUGGUACCAAACAGAAGCAGAAUCAACGCAUGAAACAAAUGUUAUCUUCACAAUGAGGCCAAAAACAUUUUUUGAGAGGCCACCGUGACCUUUGAACUUUUCAUUAUUGAGUCCAAGCCAUCUUUUGUGUCAUAACUUUUAAGAAUUCCCUCAAGAAGUUACUGCAGUAUCAUGUCCACAAAAUGGGACAAACGGACAGCCAGAAGACAUGGAAACAGGAUGCAUGGUAACAGGAGUGUACUGUAUCAGUGCCUGGAAGAAAAGAAGGAAGGAUGAAUCCUGAUCUGCUACUGAUGAUGGAUGGUGUAAAAGUGUUUUUAGCAUAAACCCACAAGAUGACUACAUGGACCAGAAUGCACUGUAACAUCCUAAGUACAGUCAGCAUCUUUCAAGUAGUAGAAUAUCUUAGUCACAUUUUAAAAUACUAUUUUAAACGAAUAAGAAAACUUUAAAGCUACAGAUACAUUAAACUGUCAUGUUUACAGGUUUAAAAAUACAUUUGACUUAAAACUGAAUAAAUUAGAUAAUACAUCUUCAUAAUCUAAUUUAGUUGAUUAUUUAUGUGUAUGAAUUCAAAGCUCAUAAUGUAAAACAGUAUUAUAUUGAGGUUGUAACAC